CUAUUGCUAUGAAAUUCAUAAAAAUAUGGCGGCUGUCGCUUCAACAGCCGAUAAUAUGACGAUUCAGAAGAAUUCCAAAAUUUUAGUAAAUGUGGAAGAAGCGUUAGCAGAUCUAAUAGUUGUUUCAUAUUGUAGUGAAGACAAAAAUUUCCAGGGUGUGCUCUUGGAUUCCAAUAAAGGUAAUUUACCGUUCGGAGUAUACGGCCUACAUCCAGCAUUUACUAAGAAACCAGAAACUGUCAAUAGUGAGAAUGAUAAACUACAUUCCAUUAGUCAAAGGUUCAUAUACCAAGAACCUGGAUAUUCUAGUGAGAACAUACAGAAGUCGAAAAAACCUGGUCCCAAGGCCAAACCACAGCGACAAAAGAUGACAGUGAGACUAAGGCCUCGAAAGGUUUUGUGUUCCAAUUGCCAAGGUAUAUGUAAUGAUAACAGCGAAAAUGUGGACGUGUCUAAAAAACGCAAAUUCGAUUCUGAUGACGACACCGUGCGUGGUAGCACUGACUCAUCUAAUGUCAAGAAGAAAUACUUAAUGGGUGGUAUGCUCAUACCCAAAUUAUCUAGGCUUCACCCCCAUGAAAUAACAACUGCCAUAAAAGGCUCUAAAAUCAAUAAGGCUAGUGAAAAAUCAAUAAGCAAAGGUAAAGGGGAAAGAUCCAGUAAUGAUGAACAAACCCCAGAAGUUGCAUUUGUUAGUGUCUCAGAGAGUGACUUGUCUGAUAAACAUAUGAAAGAUGAGAAUGAGAAUGGCACUGAUGCGUCUUUUAGCUCUAUGUUCUCUAGUGCUCGCACAUUAAAAAUUUGUUUUGGAGAAGGAGAAGGCACUGUGGUAAAAAUACCUCCUCUUAGUGGGGAUUUCAAUGAAGACUCCGGUGUUUCAUGUGAUAUGAACAAACCACCAAAGCCAGACUUAAAAGCAGCUAAAAAGGCAAUGAAGAGAGCAAAAAAACAGGCAAAGAAAAAUAAUGCUGAUAAAAUUAAUACUGAAAGUUGGCAGCAAUCACCAAAACAUAUAGGGGCAUUAUCGCCAAGGAACAAUAUGUCAAUCAAUCAACCUAUUUUAGAUCCUUUAGAAAAAAAACACAAGCACAAAGUGAAGCAUAAAAAGAAACAAAAGAAACGAGAUGAGAAUAUGAGUAAGAGUAAUGAAGAAUCAAUGGACUAUUUUAGCGAUAUUAAAGUUGACAACUUUGAUCAAAAGUUAUCUAUUAGUUUGAGGAGAUUGAGUGGUAACUCAUAUGAGCGACCAGAGGAGGAUAAUGUUGAGAGCGGUUCUGAAGACUGGGAAGAAGAGGUUGUGCCAGACUUUCCUGAGACUGCUACAGAGAGCAGCGGAGGGAAAGUGAUUCGUGUUGCUCCUGGGGACAUUGUUUGGGGCAAAGUUGUUGGGUUCCCAUGGUGGCCGGGCAGAAUUCUGAGUGUAACUUCUGAUUGUAAAGCACAUGUGGCGUGGUAUGCUUCGACAACUUCGUCCUUGAUGCCAUGUGAUAGCUUGAGCCCAUUCUUAGAAGAUUACAAGAUACGCUUUAACAAGAAAAAGAGGGGUCCAUACAAAGAGGCAGUAAAGCAGGCUACAAUUGAGGCAAAGAGAAUUGAAUCUCACACAGGUGACCCGCUAGCUAGUCCCACUCACCAGAACUUGUCUACAAUGUCUCCUAGGCCUAUUGAUGUGUUCUCAUAAUCUUGUGAUUAGGUAGGUUUACAAGCCGAAUUUCGAAUUCAUGUGAUAUUAUAAGAAUUACUCACUGGGGUUGCACUGGAAUUUCAACAAUAUCUCUAUUAUUAUUUAAUUUUAUUUAUUUAUUGGGGUUUUGACAAGGAUUAUAUUUAUGUACUUUAUGUAAUUACGCUCUCGCAAUGUUGCGAGACUAGCGCCGCCAUGGCGGCUGUGGCAACACGAGGGAUGGAUAUACAGAAUAAUGUUUUGUUGUGUGAUGAAUAGUGCAUUAGUUCAUUAUUCCUAGAUGCUCAGAACCCAUUUGCUUAUAGUCAGGAAAGACUAAUUGCAUAUGUUCAAAAAGUUCAUUGUGCAUGCACAUUGUUUAUUAUAUAGAUUGCAACUGUGUUCUGACCGUUCUGACAUUUCUGUUCUUAUUUAACAGUUUACUUAUAUAUUUUGGGUAUAUAUUUAGCAAUACUCUUUGAUGUAACCCUGGUAUUGUAAUAUUGUGAAAAAAAUAGUUUAGAUAAGACCAUUAGGCAGACAAUCAAGUUGCUUUUAUUAUCACUUAACAUAUAAUUGAGUGGAUUUAUUUGUGUAGGAUUGACAUGAUUGUCUGAUGGCUUAUUUUGUGACUUGAGAUUUUAAAAAAUAACUUGACUUUAUUCAUGUAAAAGUACGUAUUUUAAUGCUAAACAACAGUUGACGUAAUACCAAAACAUGUUGAUUUAUCAAUAUAUUUUCAAUAGUCAUUUAAAAUAAAUUCGUGUUUUUAUCUCAUGUACUUACUAUAUCAAAUUGCGAUUUUGGUAUACAUUUAAAUAAUUCUAUAUUUGUAAUAAGGAUUUGAUAUUAUUGGCUGGGUGUUCUUUGACGUUACAAUUGUUGUGAAUGUGCAAUAAAAACUUUGAUAAGUAAGUUUUAUCAAAUUCUUCUUUGUAGCCAUAUAUAAUCAAACUGAAGCGGUGGUGGUCUAGUCGUUAUGACAAUCCGCCUGUGAUUGAAAGGCACCAGGUUUGAAUCCUAUUCGUGCCACAUAUGUGUAUACCAUGCUGACUCAUGUUUAGUAGUUUUCAUAGACCACCACUUCCUCCACUCUAUAAUUAAUCACCUAGUGCAUGAAAUGGAGUAGGCAAUGGCAAACCACUCCAUAUUGCCAAGAGAGUUAUGUGCGUUUCAGUACAUUUAAAGACUACUUAUAAAAAAUCAGUUUUCCGACAUUUUAUUUAACAUUUAUGUCAGUGUGAUUAAUAGACAUUAUAAUUGGCUCAUUUAUACCAAAUUACAGUUAUAUAGUACUAAUAGUCUCCGAGCUAAUACUAGGAAAGGCGGAAGGACGUACACAGGCGUAACAAAGGGUUUAAGGGUUCCUUAUUCACUUGGGAACCCAAAAAAUUUCCAGUAGUAUGUAAUAUCUUUUUUCUCGAGUAUUAAAUACAUUCAAACAGGCUUUAAUUUGAAGUAAUAUGUACCUAAUAUUUUUUUCUGAGUUAAUACGUUGAGAAUUAACGUUCUAUUAUUUUAUUACGACCUGGUUUUGAAUCUCGCAUCUUGAUAGCUUCAGAAAGAAUAGUUACAGCUUGGCCAUAAAGAGACAAUUAAAUUCUACUCUUUGUGGUCAAGCUGUACAAUAUUUAUAUCCGGCCGCUGUACCAGCUGCGUCCCGGGGCUACGCUCCCGUUGGUAUUUAGGGAUAAACAGUAGGUACUCUAUGUGUUAUCCAGGUUAUAUCCGUGUACCAAAAUUCAUAACAAUCCGUCCGGUGUAUUUGGGUGUAAAAACAACAAACAAACAUACAUACAUCCACACAAACUUUCGCAUUUACAAUAUUAGUAGGAAUAUUAUAUUAUUAAUAUUAUUUUAUAACACAAUUAGUGUGAACGCCAGUGUGUAUGCCACAAAUACUAAAGCCAUACAACUUAAAUUUAUUCCGAAAAUACUUGGCAGUUUGGUUUGCACGGAUAACAAAUUAUUAUAAUAGUAAUAAAAUGCGAUACUUGUAAAGUCGUCCAAUUCAAAUAUCUGAAUAAUAAAUAAUAUCCAUGAAUAAAUUCGAAACCUAUUGACGUAUAAAUCAUUAGUUUUUAUUGUUAUUUAUUUUUAAGAACUACAUAUUUCUAUUUUUGUAUCCUAUGAUUACCUACUAUGCAAUUAUGUAUCAUAUUUUUAAAAUAUGUAUUUUUUUGUUAGUUGAUCAUUAUAUUUUGUGUCAUAGACAUGUAUUAUAUGCGUUAUUUUUUGUAAUUAAUUUUACGUCUUGUUCCUCAUCUCUUUUGAAUGGAAAUUAAACUGAAGGCUGUUUUAUCUGAAAUGAAAAAUGUAAUUCUUUACUUUCUACUCCUUUUAUUAUUGCCUUAAAAUGUUGAUAGAUUUUGUAAAAAGUGAUGUGAACCGCACCACACAUCACCUGUGUGUUUAUUUUAGUGUCAUACAUUAUUCAUAAAACAUGCAUACUUUAAGCUAAAGUAUAUUUUGUCUCGUUCUGUCAAUGUCAAAUAUUGUAAAGUGCAAUAGUGACUAAACAUAUUUUAGCUUUUGCUAUAUCUUUUUUAUGAAUAACAUGAAGGGUGAAAAUCGCAAAACAGAAUGUAAAUUGGUAGUGUAAUAAAUAAAAGAUUAUGUUCAGAUAAUGUAUAAUUGGGUUAGGUAAUUGUAUUCUUAGAUUUUACACAUUGACACAGCUUUGUUCAAUAUGAUAUAAAAUCUAUAUAGUUUGCACGAUCUUAGUGGCUAUGCAUUGGUCCACUUAACGUAACAAUACGCGUUCUCAAAAAUAUCACGACACCAGUACAUAGGUUCGUGUAAAUUAGCUACAACAAAUUUUGCCAAAGACUUGAUAAAUCUUUGACUUAAAUUUUAGAUUGUUAUAAAUGUUCAUUGCAUAUGUGGUAUGUACCUUAUAACGUAGUUUGCGAUGUAUCGAUAUAAAGUUACAGGAACUAUGUAUAUUUUUAAAUAGAAAUAAGUUGAAAACUA